AUGAUCAACAUUUGUCUUUCUUUUAUACACAUUUACAAGAAAACCUGCAUCGAAAAUUACAAUAAAUUUAGAAACUGUCUACUCAGCAACAAUUUUAAAUCAUUUGCCAUCAAAAAGCCAAAGUUUUUGCAAAAGAAGACGCCCGUUCUCGAUGACACGGUAUCUAGAAUCUUUAACGAGUUAUAUUCCACCUUUGGACACAUCCACAGCGAUCUGUGCAGGAAGGUGUCUUUCGUGUCGGCCGACAAUAUCCAUUUGAAAUCGUUCGUCGAAAAAUCAGGCAAAUUCCAUAAGGUGGACAACGUGGAGGAGCUGUCGGACGGUGUAGAGUUCACGUUCGACAAGAAGCUGUUGUUCAACAUAUCCCUCACCAAUCAGGGUAAAACGUCAAUAGUUAAUAUAGCAGAAAAUGAAAAGGAGCUACUAAUAGAUGCUGUUAAGAAACAGGUCGUAUGCAGGGAUGGUUUGAAUAUUUCAAAUAUUGUCAAAAUGUGCUCCUACAAGGACCUGCAGGUGUUGCAUCCGUUCGAUAGAUUCAAAGUGAUGAAAUCCAUAGAAUCCUAUGAGGAUUCAUUUGUCGUGGUGUCCGGUUUCCAAAUGUCAACGCAUAUAAGCAUCGGUGAUUUCGGAUGUCAAAAUAUUAUUAAAAUUUAUCCAAAUAAAUUGAACAACAUCACGACAAUAUCUUUGAAAAAUGAAGAAUUGGCAUAG